AUGCCACUUAUUUGUGUUAGACAGGAUGUUGAUGGAGAGGUGAGUUUAUCGUGAAAUUUAAAAAAUUAUUCCUAAAUUUCUUAUGUUUCGCAAUAAUUCAUACGUCAUCAACCCCGCUGAAUUUCCGAGAAACAUAAGAAAUUUAAAAAAUUUUGCGCAACACUGGUAGCUUCUCAACCUGCAUUUUUUGUUUUUGAAAAAAAUUUCGAAAAAAAAUCAAUAAUCAAAGAUUUUUCGUUUAUAAGUUCCGUAAUCCAAAAACUUAAAACUGUGAAUUUACAAAAAAGUUCAGUUUGCAUGAACUUAUUGAAAAAGUGUAGUUGCAUAAAUUUAUUUUAAAAAACUGAGAUGAUAUUGAUUAUUCUUACAGAAACGUAAAUUCUACAUCGAUACAUCCAACAAUGAAAACCGUUACGACAAUGUAGAUGAAUUCAAGAAAACAAUCAAGUUCACCGAAGGUUCAAUGGAGUUUUAUGACCCACAAAAUGAAAAAGACGAAUUAGGAAAAUUGAAUGUUCUAAUAAUGAACAAUAAUAAUAUAGCGUUCGUUAUUUUUUAUCAACAAAACAAUUUAAAACAGUUAAGUUUUUCAGAAUUGAAAUCGAGAAGCCGUGCGAACAAAAUGACAUCAGUGAUGAAAAACUUUCCAAAGAGCCGACCGAGUUAUGGGAAGAAAUUAAAGCGGAGAUCGGGAAACAGGAGAAGAACAUGAAAGCGUGGGACAAAGGAAAAGGUCCUUCAAAGAAAACGGCGAUUGAUUUUAUGACUGGGGCAACUUACGCUUCACUUCUACGUCUGAAUACUUUUAUACUUUCGAAAUUGAAAAACUCGUAAGUUUUUCUUUCAUUUUUUGUUGAAUCCUUAAAGACAGCUAACCAGUUGGAACUGAGUUUUGAAGUGUUUUAACAAAUAUUCAGUCCUUGAGCUUGAGCUUCCGUUUUCUGUUUUCAGCGAAAUUCAGUUCGAAAAACUCGCAGAAAAUAAAUAAAUUCAAACGGUUCGAAAAACGCGGAAAAUCAUUUCUGGUACACACAUACACCGCGACACACAAAAAAUGUGCUGUUUACAGUAUUCCAUAUACUAUAUAUAUAUUUACUAUCAUUUUAUUUGUUUUUGGUAAAAACUAUCUUGGGCUAAAAAAUUAAAUUUUGGAAUUUUUGGGGAAAGCCCUUCCAACUGGGUAGAUGUUUUUAACUGAAUUCCUUGUGUCUAAAUAUAAUAACUGAAUUAUUUUUCAGAUUCAUACAUCGAUUCUCACAAACUCUUAUGUUUUUCAAAAUUGUGGCCGUAAUUUGCCAAUAUUUUUCACCACAAAUAGAGCCUGAAGAAUUUAUAUCAAUGUGUGAGAUUGUACUUCAUGAUUUGAAAACGGAUAUGAAAUCGGUAAAUCAAUCAUCAAAGAAAUCGGUAAAUCAAUCACCUCGUUUGUGCUCAAUAGAACCGACGAACCCCAAAGAAAAUAAAGACCAAAAAUGUAGCGAAGAAAAAUUGUUCAUAAAGUAUAAAAAUACGACCUAUAAUAUUCAAGUAUUAGACGAUUAUAUCAACAUAAUGAAGGGUCAACUGAAAGCAAUCGAAGAAAAUAGAAAAACGCGAGAUGGAAUCAAGUUUGAAGACGACUUCAAAACACCAGACAGUUUGAAGACGACUUCAAAACUUUUGAAGUUUGAAGACGACUUCAAAACAUUGUAUCAUUAUCGUAUACAUGUCAAUUCGGAAACUCAUAUUACUACGUAUCUUGAAAAAUAUGUUGAUGAAUUGAUGAAGUCAGAGAAUUUGAUGGUUAUUUCACCCAAACCAUACAAUCCAAUUCAUUUUAAAGAAACAUAUGCACAUAAAGAUGGGCGUUAUCUGAUAAUAGAAAAAAUACAAAAAAAUACGGCAAAAAUAUCAACUGCUUAUAAAAACUCCAACUUUUAUUCCAAUCAUCCCACCAGCUAUCUAGUGACAACACAUGAUUCAACUGAUGAAAAUAAACUUAACGAUAAUGUGGAAUCUUCAUAA